AUGGUACGAAGCAACUGCAGCUCUAAGUUCCUAACAGUACGAGAAGAAGCUCUACACUGGGCAGAGGAGGAUGAAAAGCUGCGUCCUACAAAAAGAAAUGUAUCAAGUGAAGCAGUUUCAACCACACAGUCAAACAAAGAGAUGGAUAAAGUAUUGCAAGCCCUCGAAGAGCAGCGUAAGUCGAUUGAUAAUUUGUCCCAAUCCCUUAUUUCCCUUUCCAGAUCCAACAAUAAUAUUCAGCGGAAUCAGGGAGGAAGAGGCGGCCGAAGCCCCUCCCUCCGUGGCUUUGACGAAAGAGGGAACAGAAUUUGUUUUAAAUGCCAAGGAGUCGGACACAUUGCAAGAGAUUGUGUGA